GUGUGUGUGUGUGUGUGUGUGUGUGUGUGUGUGUGUGUGUGUGUGUGUGUGUGUGUGUUUUACAUGUCAUCCUCAUUUGACUGGACAGAUUUGUUUGUCUUAUUGUCAACAGUAAAACACGCAAGUGGAACAAGUGCUACUGGCUCACUGCUGCAAAAGUACUUUGCUCUUUGACUGCAGUCCUGCAUUGUCACAGAAUACAGCAACAGGAAUAGAGAGGUUCCAUCGGCUGCUGCUGAAGCUGUGGCUGAGAUAAAAUGUUACUAGUUUGCCAUCUUUAUUGGAUUAUUGUAUGAUGUGGUGGUGCAGUACCUCACUCUGUCCCAUCGGUUUGAUUCCCAGGGUGGACCGGGUUCCUUUUUAUGCAGAAUUUGCAUGUCCUCCCCUUGUUCUCCCCCUCUCUCCGUUAUCUGGCCUUCUCCUGCGGUCCAAAGACGUGCAGGUACUGUACCCUGCCUUUCACCCUGAUUUAGCUGGGACAGGCUCCAGCCCCCCAAGCGACCCCUACAGGGACCCAGCGGUUGAAAAUGGAUGGAUGGAUGGACCUGUGUCUGUGUGUUUACUGCUACAGUGUUAAUGAUGUCACAUGACCGGGUGUGACUGUGAUUCACCCCCUGCCCCUGACAAGCUCAUCCUCCUCCAUCUUUUAUUGAUUAGAGCUGCAUUGGUUAUUUAGUGGUGGCCAGUAAUUAAGUUACAGGUUAGAGGCCUGAGCCUCAACAGAGAAAGAACCACCCUCACCUGAAAACCUUCCAUUUAAAGAAAAACAUCACAGAUUUUCAGUGAGGAUUGACCAAAACAAUGUUGGGUAGUAUUUAAGAAUGAAGAGACACUCCGUACCCUCAAUAUUAUUUAUGCAGAGAAAGUAUCAUUUAUGCCUCUACAAAAAGCUUCUGAAACAUCUCAUCUUUUUGUCUUGGGCUCACAGAUUACACCUAGUGCUUUUUGGUUUCCUCUGUACCUGCCCCAGCAAUGGUCAGGUGUAAUGGAAAAAUUGUUUCUUCCUUAUUCAAUGCAGUUAUUAUAUGAUUUAUGACUUAUGUUUUGCAAUUAAUUAAUAUUAAAUAAUUAAUUAACUUCUGUUUUAUAUAUUUGACAUUUCACAUAUAUUGUUCAAAGGUUGUCUCUGCCUGAUAGACUCUGGACUCUAGCUCCAAACCCAAGGCCGGGGAGUUGUGUCUCUGUCUGUUUAGACUUGGUGCUCCUUCCUCUCUGAUAGUCAGACGCCAGUGAUGCAGGGGUGAGAAUGUAAACAUCUCCACACACACGGCAACAGGGAUGAGAUGGUGCAUGCAGUCUGAUUGGGCCACACAGACGUUCCACCGUGGUCGGACAGAGAGGUUAAAAGGCAGAAGCAACUUGAGGAUUGUGGGCUCUUUGCAUCACUCCUUCGUGGUGUGUGCACCGAUCUCCCCAGCUGGUUUUUGGUUUGUACAAUCGACAGCCAUGUUUUUGAUUUGCUUUCCCUAUUAUUUUAAUUUGCCUUUAUUUUUAUAAUAAAUCACACAAAUAACAACUCUCUCAUCUGCUUGUUUAUGGGAAAUUUCCACCACACAGACCUGAGAGGGGGCGGAGCCAUACUGAGAGGGGGCGGAGCCAGCCUGCUGGAGCCCAACUGCUCAGUCCGCAUUGUUUUCCUUGCAUACACUUACAGCACUGUUGCCCUGUUACCCUGUUAGGAUAACUACCCUGUUAUCCUGUUCACUUCUCUGGUGUGUACUCUGGUAUGAUGUGUCAUUCACCUGUUGCUAAUCUGUGGUGCCAGGUAAAGAAAUCAGGCCUCAGAGCUUCACAUUUUCACCACAAUAUUUUUUGCAGUGUAUCAGUAGCAGCACUGCCCUUACUGUACGUUGCAAUGAUGAUGCAGCAGUGAAACUGAAAGUGAAAGUGUCAGAGGAUGAUAGUGAUGCUUGGACUCCAAACAGACUCCCAAGCUGGAGUCGGCAAAGCAGCAGAGGUGAGGGGUGUUCCUGUUUUAAGGUGUUUCUCAGAUGAACCAGCAGCAGAUGAUGUUAGAGAUGGAUGUGAUUAACCCAGGUUUGUUUGUUUGAACCAUGGAGGACAAGAUGUCACAAAUAACUGGUAACCAUGAAACAGAACAUUUUUUCAUCUCUGCUGGGUCAGAUUAGGACGUGAACCUGCUCCUCGUUCGUCAGCGGAUUACUGAGCAGUUUGGGCCGUUUUAGCUGAUCUAACAGUUGAUGGUGUGAGUUAUUCUGAAACCAAACGUUUUUAUUUAGGUUUGAGAUCAUUUGUAGCAGCAAUAAUUAACGUCAUUGUCCAUUCCUUAGCAACAGCCUUCUUUGGACUUUUUUCUCACUGUCUCUCUGACAUUUGCAGUAUUUCUUCUGGGUUCUCCAGAGACCAAGGUUCGGGAAGAGGCAGGAGAUGUCCAGGAAAACAAUGAAAAAAGAAGGAAGAAAGAGUUCAAACUGAAGAUCCACGCAUUUUUCAAGAAGAACCACAAACAAGAGAACCGUGUUCAAGCUGCAGAUGAUAAUUUGGAAUGUGUAGAGGAACGGCAGCAGGAGCAGGAGGAGGAGGAGCUUCUGGAGAACAUCAGUAGGAGGCUGAUGGUCCAGGAGGAGCAGCUCUUCAGUCAGGAUACCCCCAGCGAGCAGGAACAGGACCAGCUGCACAAAGACUUUGAGGCUCUGAUAGUGCAGGUGUGGAUAACUAUCAACAACACUUUCAUCUUCUCGACUCCACAGCAGCUUAAGGUCCUGAAGAGUGCUGUGGCCAUCAUCCAGGGGCAGGAGGAGCAGGACCGGCGCUGGGCAGGUUGUGUGGACGGCCCAGCACCGGUGUGGCGUCCUCAGAAAUGUGUCAGCACCCAUAACAAUCUGCUGCAGAACAUGGUGGAGUCCAGACUAAAGGAGGCCGUGGGGCACGACUCGGGCGAGCCCAGCGAAUCCACCUGGUCACCUGUAAAGAAGGAGGUGUUUCGACUGGGGAAGUGUGUGAAGAAGGACCUACUGGCAGUGGUGAAGGUGAAGGACUGUUACCCUCCUCAGAUGGACAUCAUCAAUCUCUAUGCUGGACUGUAUCAUCAGAGAUUCUCCUCUCGCCUGGCUGAUCUGGCUGUGUCUGAUCUGGGAACAGACGACUGCUGCUACGUGCUGCUCUGGGUCAACCACUGCUAUCCAUGUGAAAUAUUAAAACACAAAGAACUAGAUGGAAAAGUAAAGGCGGCCUGUCUGGGUUCUCUUUUGCUGCCUGAGACGCUGAACCAGCUGGAGGAGCAGUACCUGACCGGCAAACAGGACAAAGUCAAGCUGUGGCUCCAAACAGUCCUAAAGACAGAGGAGCAGAGCUGGAUGAACGGCAGCACACCCAAGAUCGUUGAUGCUUUUUAUUACAGCCCACUGGCUGUGGAUGUCAUACAGAUAAUAGAUGGAUCCCUCUCUGAGCUCAGCCAUGUGAUCAGAGACCAGAGCAAAGCUCAGAGGGUCACCCAGCACCUGGAGGCCUUUCUCAUCAGCUAUAAGAAGCGUGUGGAAGAGUUUGUGAAGGGAAACCAUUGGAACGUGAUCCCAGUGGUCAAAGCUCAGCUGGCCUGCGAGGAGCAGCUUCGGGAUUACGUUACUGGUACUGGACGCCUGUCUGAGGAGCAGAGGCGUCAGUGCCUGCACAGUCUGUCUGCUCUGAGGGAUUGUGGGUACAGCUGUUUCACCUGCCCCAUUCAUGCCCAGCUGAAGAUGUGCUGCAGUCAGCUGUGGACACCUGUUUGGUUGGAUGGGUCACUCCCUGUUAUUGACGCUCUGCUGGACUUCAUGAGCCAGCAGCUGACAGACCUGGCUGACCUCCAACCAGUCUGCAGACAGUCUCUGUUGCAUAUCGUCUAUGAGAGUGUGGUCCUUCAGUAUGUGAGGAAAAUGAUGAAGGCCAGGGUGAAGAUAGAAGAGAAUGCAGCUCAGCAGAUUGUUGAGGAUGCUCAAAACAUCAAUGACUUCUUCAGUGAGAGGGGCUGCAGUGGGUCCUCGUGGCUCAGUGAGAUGCUAUGCAGCAUUGCUGAGAUUCUCCGUCUAAAGGAUCCUGGAAGUGUUCAGCUGGAGAUGGCCUUUCUGGCACAGAGGUUCCCUGACCUCAGCGAUGCCCAUGUGUUGGCGCUGCUGUCUCUAAAAACUGGACUAUCAUCUUCAGAUGUUCGUUCCAUCAGACGCAGUGUGGCGGAGAACCGCAGCACUGAGGGCUCAGCCAAUCGUGGACCUCUGUUCUUCUCUAAAGUGAAAGUCAGGUGGAUCAAUGCUGCAAUCAAUCAGAUGGGAGUGCUGACGUCAGCAUGUCAGAAUCCUAAAUGAGCUACCUCGCUGGUGCCCACACACGUUAGCAUGUCGGCUAAUCAAAGCAUGUUUUAUGUCUGUGUGCUUACUUUCAUUUAGACACAAUGUGUGUGUUUCACUGUUACAGUCUGUCUGUCAGCUGAGCGAUGCAGUGAACAUCCAUGAACCCUGGUUCUGGUGAUCAGGUCUAGCUGAUUGUCUGUUUGACUCUGGUUUCACCUGCUGCUUUCCUCUAGUCUAAUCUAACAUAGCUCCAUGUGCUUUGUAAUGAACUGCACAAGCUUUCUUUCUGUCUCUGUGAUGUCGGCUCCACAGUUAAGGAUUGACCCAGUGAACUAUUGCAUGUAAUCAAUACUUAUUAUUAACUAAGGUUGAGUCCAAUUCCUAAAAAAUACAGUUAUUAUGCCAGGUCAGUGCAAUGUAUUUAAAUGAAGUUAAUCAUAGACUCCUCUGACCUGUGACUCUGAUAUUAAAUAAUUAAAAAUAAACUUGAAAUAAAGACUGAAAAAAUGGAUGCAAAAAUGUAAUGGUCUCAGCAGUGCUGACAUGGAAAAUGGGUUUGUGCGUUUUUACUGGGUUUCUGCACUAGUUUAUCUAAUAUUCCCCAGAAACCACCUUCGUUGUCUCUUCCUAAAGUUUCAUGGGCUGUAAUAACUGUAAUCUGUUUCUCACAGUAAGGGGAAACUUGACUUGAAGUGUGAUGAGCCUUUUGAAAUAAGCCAACAUGGUGCUUUUCACCAGUC